AUGGAACGUUGUACAAUGUUAAACUGCCAAACAAACAACCAAGGCGUAAUUCUUGUCGAUUAUGCAAAAAGAAUCGAGCUCACUCAUUUUUGCUUCCGUGAUAGUUUCUCAUUUGCUUCAACCAAUGGUUGCCUAGUGCGUGUUUCCAGUGAUCCAAAAGAAAUUACAAAAUUAAGUGCAGUUUCAAUGACUGGCGUAACCAAUGGUGACUUUGGUGUUGAUGCAAGAAGAUGUGAGAUAAAUAACAUAAACAUUUCAGCAAAUCGCGUAUCAACCGAAAUGUUGAAUAUUGUCAGUUUAGAAUCAGGCGUUUUUCACUAUUGUUAUUGUGUUGAUACUACAAAGGCAACGUCCGGUGCUGCCUUCGUUGAAAAUCUCAAUGGAAAGACAUUAGACCACUUCUUAUUUUACAACAAUUUGGGAAAAGGUAUUUACGCCCUUCAAUCAUCUAUUUCGUUAACAGAAUGCGGAUUUGCAAGCAAUGCAAUUGAUAUCUACGUUGAUUCUUCUACAGUCUCAGUUACAAAUUCUCAAUUUACAGAUUUUUCUUCAAAUGAUAAAAGUAAAGUAACUUUAGGAUCUAAUUGUUAUACUAAAGGAUAUGGAUUACCCAACCAACCAUUUGCAAUGGAAAAUCCAAUAGGAGAUCCAAAUCAUGAAUGUAAUUGCGCACAAAACGCUUUAUCUGGUGCACCAUAUCAACCAGGAGAACCAUUAACAGCUGCUAUGACUCCAUUUAACACUGCUUACAUGACUCCUCAUUCAACAGCUUUUUCAACUCCUUUCAACACUGCACAAAUAACAAACGAACAAACACCUUUUAAUACACCAAUAAUAACUGCAAAAGAAACACCUUUUAAUACACCAAUAAUUACUGCUAAAGAAACGCCAAAUAUUACACCAUUUAUUACUCCAUUUGUUACACCAAAAGAAAUAAAUCCAGAUUGUGAAGUUGAUAACAGAAAUAAGAAUAAGAAGAGAAAUAUCAGACGAAUUAAAUUUGUUUUAGCUUUGGCUCAAGUUGCACAGAAUGUAUGA